ACAAAAGCAAAAUGGUGUUGGCUAGACUGUUUGUAAUUUGUGUGGUUAUAUUAACAAUAUGCAGAGGAGACCCAGAAGACGGUAAACUGCUAGACGACAUGGACGAUAAUGACAUGGAAUCUACUCUCGGAAAUCAUAAUCUUCCUAUUCAAAAUACUGUGCUUGUUCAUCAUAGAAGGCACUCGAAGUCAAACAAGCGGAUGAAACGAAGAUAUAAAUGUUAUUCUUGCGAACCACCAGAUUGUGCUGAUACGGCGAUUCACGCACACUACUGCCAAAAUGCUAUCCAAUGCUGGAAAUCUCGAACCCGUGAUCCCGAAGGAAAUGAAAAUGUACAACGAGGAUGUACUACCGAACACGAACAAUUGCCGCUAUAUUGCCGUCAAAAUCAGAAAAUAAACUCUGGCGAUGGUGGUGGACCAAAGAAACGCCAUGUUUCCAGUACUGGAAUGUAUAACAUCGAAUGCUGCACGGGAGAUUAUUGUAAUAACGGAUCCUUUCCCGAACUACCUCCCAUGAAAGUUUCAAACACAGUCCCAGUGGCCGAUCCCUUCGUAUUGAAGAUGGCAGCUGCCAUUCUUGUACCAUUUGGAACAGUCGUAAUUCUUGCUGUUACUGCUAUUUAUUGUAUGCGUCGGGCUCAUAAAAAACGAAUGAACGCUUGCCGAACCAAAUAUGACCCUGAAACCUAUUACACAAACGACGAUGUGCUACGAGCUACUAGUGCGGGAGACAGCACGUUGCGAGAAUAUUUGCAACACUCCGUUACUUCUGGCUCUGGUAGUGGACUGCCUUUGCUUAUACAACGUACUCUUGCUAAGCAGGUGUCUCUUUGCGAAUGCAUUGGUCGUGGUCGUUAUGGAGAAGUAUGGCGCGGUAUUUGGCAUGGCGAAAGUGUUGCUGUGAAAAUUUUUUUUAGCCGUGAUGAAGAUUCCUGGAAACGUGAAACGGAAAUUUAUGGCACGGUUCUGCUGCGGCACGAAAAUAUACUGGGGUACGUUGGUUCGGACAUGACCUCAAGAAAUUCUUGCACCCAAUUAUGGCUCAUCACACACUACUAUCCACAAGGAUCAUUGUUUGAUUAUCUGAACCGUACCGCAAUUACAACACAUCAAAUGGUCACUAUUUGUCUUUCCAUUGCCAACGGUAUGGUGCAUCUUCAUACGGAGAUUUUUGGAACCGAGGGUAAGCCGGCUAUCGCACAUCGUGAUUUAAAAACAAAAAACAUUCUUAUAAGAGCAAAUGGAACGUGUGUUAUCGCGGAUUUCGGUUUAGCUGUAAUGCAUAGCCAAACAACCAAUAAAAUAGAUAUAGGAAACACGGCUCGUGUAGGAACAAAGCGCUAUAUGGCCCCGGAAGUACUCGAUGAAAGUAUUAGUAUGGAUUGCUUCGACGCCUUAAGGAAAGCCGACAUCUAUGCAUUAGGUCUAAUUUUUUGGGAAGUUUGUCGUCGCACUAUCUCGUGUGGUAUCGCUGAAGAGUAUAAAGUACCCUAUUUCGAUUACGUUUCAUCUGAUCCUAGUUUUGAGGAAAUGCGCAAAGUGGUAUGUGUAGAUAACUACAGACCGUCGGUGCAGAAUCGAUGGACUUCUGAUACGUUUCUGGCUAGUAUGUCUAAGUUGAUGCGUGAAUGCUGGCAUAUGAAUCCAAACGUACGAUUGCCAGCGCUAAGGAUUAAGAAAACUCUACUCAAACUGGCUAGCUCUGACGAAACAAUUAAAAUAACUCCAGAUGGCGAAGUAAUAGUAUGAUGAAGCAAUCAAAAGUAAUAUGAUCAAUAUAUACUAGUAAUUGGUCUAAUUCGAUGAUUUUGAGUUCUUUCUAAUAGUCUAAGUUAUAAUCUGAUUGAAUUUGCAUGUACUCAUUGCAAAUGAAUAACAAUCUGUUUUACUUUAAAAAAAUCAUGUAUUGAAUUCUCGUUUUAAACUCAAAUUGCAGUAGCUUAUCAUCCAAUCAACAUUGGGAGAUGUUUAACAGAUUAACACAUUUAUCGAAGUGUUUAAGGGCAUCUAAGUAGAUAUAAUGUCGAUAUAUAAACAUCACUGAAAACAAAUUGAUUACUUAAGGCAUGAUAUUAGUGUACGGUACUUUAUCAUUAAUACAUUUUAAUGUGUUUUUAAAUAGUUAAUUUACAGAAAUCAUCGGUCUUGACCCGUUGAAAGUUGUAGUAGGCUGAAACGAAACAAAUCUUGAGUACUUGCCAUUGUGCUAUCAAGAAAACUAUCUUCAUUUUCGCGAUUGUACACACAGUAAAAAUAAAUUGUCUAAGGAAAGAUGUAAAUAGUUUUUUUACUAGUUUUUCACAUAGUGUUUGAUACUUGAAAAAUAAAUACAACUUCUAUCUCUAUCAUGAUAGAAACCAACUGUAAUGGUUUAGGGAUGAAUUUAUUCUAAUCAAAUGUGAUGGUAUGGACAGAAUUUGAUUUUAAUAUCAUAGCUUGAAAGAA